UUGACUAGAGCACGCUAUCCGUUCCGUAUCCGAUCCGGCCCAUUUCCCUCCGCCCUAAUCACAGCAUAAGUUUCGGUUUCACACGGCGUCGGCGGCGGCGCAGGUUAGCCGCCGCUCCCUUCCGUUCGCCGCCGCGUCGGAGAGAGAGGCGAUGAGCGAUCCCAACCGGAGAUAUCCUCCUCCCCCGUCGGAGAGAGAUCCAUUCAGUGCUUUUACCGGCCAUCUACCUUACGAUGGCGCUUCCGCAGCAUCCAAUCAUGCAUGGCCGGGUGAUCCCAGGGGACCGUCGGAAUUUUUACGUAAUGAUAUAUUACCACUAGGAUCAGGAAGCUAUGGAUUGGAUGAUCAUAAUGCGCGAGGCACUUAUGCUACACCUGGGCUCCCUGGAUUGGCUCCUGGAGCUAGCAUGAGAGCAUUUAGUCCUUUGGAGGAUCCAACAGUAGCAAGAAGAGCUGAGGUAGAAAGAGCGACUUCCACAGUAAAAUCGGAUGGUCUAACGGGAGAAGAGUCCAACAUUCUUUUUGUUGAUGGCCUUCCUACUGAUUGCACAAGACGAGAAGUAUCUCAUAUAUUCCGGCCUUUUAUUGGUUUCAAGGACAUCAGAGUUGUGCACAAGGAACCUAGACGUACUGGGGACAAAGCAUACGUCCUGUGUUUCGUGGAGUUCAGCGAUGCAAAAUGCGCGUUGACUGCUAUGGAAGCUCUUCAAGGAUACAGGUUUGAUGACAAGAAAACAGACGCACCGGUUUUGAGGAUUCAAUUUGCGAAAUUCCCUUUUCGACCGUCGGCCGUUACUGAUGACAUGAGACAGGGUAGCGUUCGCUGAUUUGUUCAAUUUGUUGCCUGAUUAACCGUUACCAUGGAGUUUUGUCAAUUUGUGGCCUGAUUAACCGUUACCAUGGAGUUUUGUCAUCGAUGAAUAUGCUGGACUGAGCUGUUAUAUUCUAUUAAGGAUAAAAUUAUUAUUUUAGUGGAUGGUUGUAGCGUGGUGGAAUUAAUUUAUUCGCAUGGAAAAUGGGUUUGCUUUUCUUGUUUU